AUGACUCUACGAGUGUGGGUCUUUCAAAUAAUGACUAACCAUGCACAGAUACCCAAAGGGCAGAGAUCCAAGAACUCAUUUCAAUCUAAAUUCCUGUUGAGUUUUAAGUCUUUUCUUUUCGCUUUUGGAUUCAAUUCUGGUCCAAAAUUGCCUCUAGGAACUGUUGAAGUCCUACUUGUUGGUGCUAAGGGUCUUGAAAACACUGAUUUUCUCAAUGGCGUGGACCCUUAUGUCGUCCUCGCUUGCCGUACCCAGGAGCAGAAAAGCAGUGUUGCUUCAGGGAAAGGGAGUGAACAAGAAUGGAAUGAGAAAUUCUCAUUUGAGGUAUCAGAUGGUGACACAGAACUCACAUUGAAAAUCAUGGACAGUGAUGUUGGUGCUGCAGAUGAUUUUGUUGGAGAAGCAACCAUUCCACUUGAGCCAUUGUUUUUGGAAGGAAACCUCCCAUCUACGGCGUACAAAGUUGUCAAAGAACAAGAAUACAAGGGAGAGAUUACAGUGGGCCUCACCUUCACCCCAGAGGUAGAGAUGGACAACGUCGGAGUGGAUGGAUACGAUUUUCGGUUAUAAUAUUAACUAGCAUCUUGGUGUGGAAAUGGCAAGGACUGCUUUUGGUUUGGAGAUGGCAAAGAGACUCUGUUUUUAACGUCGAUGUGUUGUGAGAACUUGUUUUGAUGUUGCAAAUAAUACCGAUGUGUUUUAAGAACCUUUUGGUGUUGAUUGAUUUGGAUUUGUGUUUGGCAUUAAUAAUAGUAAUUGUUUUUUUUUUUA